CCCGGCGGCGGGCGACUCGGCAGUCGGCCGAAAAUGCGAGUCUCCGGUGGAGCGGUGUCGCGGUCGUCCGUGUCCGCGUGGCUCCUCAUCGGCGUCUGGCGGGUUGCCGCCAUCACGGCGUUCCUCCCCGAGGAGGACACCACCUCCCUCAUCGGAUCCCUCUUCCGCAUCAUCUUCGACGUCGCCGUCUCCCCCAACGACAGGGCGUCCCGCCAGAAAUUCGGCUAUGAUGGAAACAAGAAUUGUUAUUGCCAACCAGCUUAUUUGUGCCAACAGUCAUCGUCAGACCUCUCGUCAGGACAACUGGAUGUUCGGAUUGUGACGCCCCCAGCAAGUAAAUACUGCAGCCCAGGUUAUGUGUAUUGUUGUUGGAACAACAAGCAAGAAUGUGGGACCCGAUUAUUGAACUACCUACCAACAAAUAACUUCGCAAGAAGCAUAGGCCAGGCUCCGUAUGGCGCAUACCCGUGGCAAGUAUUAAUUUUGACAAAAUCGAAUGUAUAUGUUGGAAGUGGAGCUUUGGUUGAUCCGCAGUAUGUAGUUACAGUCGCCCACAAAUUGCUUCCAUUCGCCGGGACGAAUGCUUUGAAAGUGCGGUUGGGCGAGUGGGAUGCUAUGACUAACAGGGAGACUUUUCCACCCGUGGAACGAGAGAUCAGUGUUGUGACGAUCCACCCGCAAUUUGAGCAGAAUGGUUUGCAGAAUGACGUGGCUGUCCUUAAGUUAUCGGCCCCUGCAGUUAUUGACGAUACCACACCGAACAUCAACACCGUUUGUUUGCCACGAGCGUAUGACUCAUCCGUCGGAGAGAGAUGCUGGGUUUCUGGAUGGGGGAAGAGUGGUUACGGUUCAGGAAGCGGCUACCAAUCCAUCCAAAAAGAGGUGGACGUCACCGUUUUAAGUAGCACCGAGUGUGAGCGAUUACUCCGUCAAACCAGGCUUGGGCCUUUCUUCCGCUUCGACAGCUAUAACUUCCUCUGUGCAGGCGGUGAAAAGGAUAAAGAUGCAUGCUCCGGCGAUGGAGGAUCUCCACUGGUGUGUGAGCGUGGGAGGGGUCAGUUUUAUUUGGCGGGGCUCGUAGCGUGGGGGAUCGGCUGCGGAAACUCUCAAACUCCGGGCGUCUACGUCAACAUUCCAUCUUUCGUCCAGUGGAUCAACCAACAAACCACCGACUAUGUUAGACAUUACUGAUCAAUACUGAUCGUUUACGUCGAAUCAGAACGUCUUGGGCAAGAUAGCCGAGUGCUCGAGUAGCACUGGUUGCUACUGAUUGCGAUUGCAUAGUAAAAUCAUUACUACUACGUAGGAUUGUUGUGUAUGUUGCCUGUCAACUAAUGGAAGGGACUCCUCCUUUUGAAAUUUAUUGCAAUAAAAUUGGAAUAAACUAUUCUUUUUUCCAUCGCAAAUUGCCCAUCUCUUUUAUGAAUGGAUCUCAUUUAACCGGUAGUUCAAAAGCGGCAUUUAAGGUGACUAAAUGAUGUUAAAAUAUUGCAUUUUUAAGGUGAAUAAAAUUACAAUUUUAUUGUAUUAAA